GUAUAUAAGGGGCUGUAUCUGAAAGGAAUGUUUCCAGCUUUUCUAGUGAUUCGCCAAUCCCUGCAGUUUUCAUCUAUUUGACAAGCAGACAAGUAACUAGAGGGUUUUCCAUCGGCCUCAUAUAGAGGAGGCAGGGGGCGUACACGCCUGGAAGAUGCGUGACGUAGGUAUGCAGGUAGAGGUGUGGCCGGGACGCUCACCUGGCCGACAGGUAGAGGCGGUGGUGACCGGAAACGGAAGCUGGCGGCUGCGGGGAACCCGGAAAAUACCGGAACCGACCCCCUGACUCUUUGUGAAGUUGAUCAAUGACUUGUUCAUGAAGCAAUGCCCCGACCCCAUCCUGUGGCUGUUCCUCAGGGCCGAGUAUCCCCCCCUGCCCAUCUUCCUUCUCCACGUCGCAGUUCCCCCCAUGAGACAACAGCUCACCCAAGCUCUCGGCGUAGAAGCCCUCCAGAAGACAUUACUUUUAUUUCAGGGUCUGCUGAGACGCCACCAGAGGAGCCACCAUGCUGUCCCACUCUCUCCCGGGCCUGGACAACCUACAAAACUGUACUCUGCUAUGUGGUGUCCUGCAGCUGCUGUCCCCAGAAAGAUCCUGAAGAAUACCUUCCCUGUCCUAUAGAGAGCUCAGUUGGUCCACCAGCGAAUGGUUUUCCUGCUAGUAGCCCCCGUCCUACACGUGUUGCUGAUAGAGGCAAAAAAACAGCACUUGGUAAUAGUUUUAGUUACCCGGAUCUUAAAUUAAUGGGUGUGCCUGUGUAUAAUAGGCAGACUGGUGCCAUAGACACGGAACCCAUCAAAGAGCCUCCUGCUCCCCUACAGCCCCCAGUGUCCCGCAGUUCUGCCAAGGACUACUAUUCUUUGCAGGAGUCCGAUCCAGAAUUGCCUCGGCUUAGCGGCUCCAUGUCCAGUGCAGAGAUUGAUGAACUUAUCUGGCACAAGCUAACAGAAUUGUUUAGCCUCCAUCAGAUUGAUGAACUGGCAAGAUGCACGUCUGAGACGGUUUUCCUGGAAAAGAGCAGCAAAAUUACAGAAUUAAUCAGCAGCCUGACACAGAACUACCAAUUGGAAGAGCAAGAUGCAGAGUGUCGGCUCGUGCGGGGGAUUAUACGUAUCAGCACUCGCAAGGAACGAAAACGUGGACAAGCCGGCCGCGGUGGCGAAAAAGGAGGCAAUGGGCAACAGCAUAACAGCCAGAAUGGUGGCAAAACCCCCGACAGUGGCAAUGAAAGCAUGCAGGAAUCUGGACUGACCAGCCAGGAUGCAGAUCUAGAUGUAAAGAUUUCACAAGAGACAACUGCAGAUCUCAUAGCACGAAACAUGAGGAGAUACAGCGCACCAGGAUCUACCUCCCAGAAAGAUGAUUCUUUACCAGACACAGAAACAGACUCUUCAGGCACCCCACUAUUGAAGGUUUACUGUUAAUGGAAGGCCAAAGCCUAUGAGACAAGCUUGUGUCGAGGUGCGCUAGUGCCGAAAGCUGGCCAUGCACAUUCACCAGCUGUUAACCGAACAAUCUUUCCCAGCUCCCCCAUACAUAGGAUUUUGGUUUCAAUGGGGAGAGUGGAGAAAGUGGCUGCUUAUCUCCUGGGAGAACAAAAGGAUCAGGCAAAAGUAUUCACUUCCCCUGAUCCUUCUCUCGCUGUUGGCAGAGUCAAACAACAAUACACUGUGUAUGGGGGCCUUUUUAAGACCUUUUACUUAAUAUAGACCAGGAAUGCCCAACCUGUGUCCCUCCAGCUGUUGCAAAACUACAACUCCCAGCAUGGCAUGGUGGGAGUUGUAGUUUUACAACAGCUGGAGGGCUACAUGUGGAGCAUCCCUUAUAUAGACCACUAAAGUGAACAUGGAAUUCUCAGCUAUCGCGUUUCUAUGCUCCAUGAAUUCCCAGAUGAUUUUUUUUUUCCUCCCAAUGAUUCCUUUGGUCAAUUUUGUGCGAGGUUAUGUAAAUGUUGAAACUUUUUUUUUGUAUAUGUUCUAUGUAGGUGUUCAUGUAAUGCUUUGUGUUGCUUUCUAUUUCUGAAACGUUACAUGAAAACAACAUAAGGUCAAGCUGUGAAUUGUCUACAUAUGUAUAUAACUGUAUAAAAUAUGUAAGUAAGAUGUCGAGUUAGAUGUGCAGCUCUAUGUACAGUCCUGUCAGUAAGUUGUUGACUGAACUAUUUUAUAUCAAAUUCUCCAAAACUGCUGAAAGACUCCCCUUUAAGUUAGUUAUGCACAAAGACAAGUAAAACCUCUUAUUAGCUUAAGCCAUACUAUCAAAAUUGCCAAAACAUGAGUAAUUAAUACCAUUACUGUAGCAGUUAUUCUCAAUUUUAGCCCUCAAUGACCACAAAGCUUUACAAGUGCUUUAAGUUUCUGCAACUGAAUGGGUUCAUUUGAACGGAGCCGUUUUGGCAGCAAGCCUGUUCAGGUGAAGGCAUAGACUUUCUGGAUUUGGAAUAUUGAUGGGCUGUCUGGCAUCCCUGCCAAUCAGCCGUUUGUGCGAGUGCUGUGUACCUGUAUGCUCUACCUAGCGGGGGAAUGUAGCUUCAUGUGAACAGGAAGAAGCUGCAGUCCCCUGCGCCACCUGGUGAACGAUGCAGGUCCUGGUGGCUGCUUUCUCCGAGAAGCAUCACUCUUGUCUUUGUGGUAUUGCAGCUUAGCACCAUUUAUUUGAAUAGGGAAUUUCUAACAUGUACAUUGAGAGUGCCUUGGGGACUGGAAUGGAGAAAUACUGCUGUUUAGAAUACUCUUCUAUAAAAGAGAAUGUGAGGGGAAAGUUCAGGGUACCUGUUUUUAGUUUAACUUCUCGCUGUGUUCAUGUUACUGUUAAUAUGUAAAUGUAGCCAUGAAGUAGUUCACACAAUAAAAUGUCAGUCAUAUACACAGUCUGGUGUGUUUUCCAACUGAAUAAGCCCUCCAAGCCAAGGGUUCAUUCACACUUGAAUAUUUUGCAUCAGUAUUGGUAAACCUAAACCAGGAGUUGUGCCAAAACCAGGAAGAUCUAGAAAUAUUUUCCAUAUAUAUUUAUUUUCUUUGUUUCUGUUCCAUUCCUGGUUUGGCUACCAAAUACUGAUUCAAAAUACAAAUGUUUGAAAGUGGCCGCCUAACAAAAACUUGGAGUACUCCCAGCUUAGACAUUUAUGAAAUACCCACAGGAUAUACCAUAGAUCAGCAACCUUCAGCACUCUAGCUGCUGUGAAACUACAACUUCCACAGAAGUGAAUGAAGCAUUCUGGGAGUUGAACUUUCUGAACAGCUGGAGUGCCAGAGGUUGCUGAUCUCUGCCAUAGAUGUAUGACUGAUGCAGGUCCCACCACAGGAACCGAUGCCCGAGUAAAGACUGUUGGUGAAUCCAGUCAGAGAGCAUAUGGCUGUCUCCACUUAGGCUGAGUUCACACAUUUUUUUUCCCCACGAGUGCAAAGCGUUUUAAUGCGUUUUGCACGCGCGUGAGAA